AUGAAAAGUGCCUUCAAGGUGAUUGUGGUUGGUGGAGGGCCUGUUGGACUAAUAGCGGCACACGCACUUCAUCUUGCCAACAUCGACUUUAUUGUGCUAGAGCGUUGCCCAGCAAUCGUGGAAGACAAGGGUGCUAGCCUGGUGGUUUAUCCUCAUACUUUUCGAGUCUUGCAUCAAAUAGGCAUCCUGGAGCAGGUACUCUCGGUCGGCGGCGAGCUGAAGCAUCACCUUUCCUUUACCGCAGAUGGAACCGUCUUUAAUGAGAGUCCACGAUAUCAGAAAAUCCGUGAAUCCUAUGGUUAUGGGCCAACGGCUUUCCACCGGGCUGAAUUGAUCAAGAUAAUAUAUGACGGCCUUCCAGCAGCAGCAAAGGAGAAGGUCCUUACCAGCAAAAGUGUGCAAAACAUUGAGGCAAAUGACACCGGAGUCAAAGUCACCUGCAAUGAUGGUACCUCAUAUCCUGGAUCCAUCGUUAUCGGUGCCGAUGGCGUACAUAGCAAGACACGCCGGAUAAUGCGCGAGAUCGCACUGAAAGAAGACCCGUUACGGCCUUGGGAUCCGGAAAAACCGUUUAUAUCAACAUUCAGAAUCCUGUUUGGGGGAUUCCCAGCUCCAUCAGAAUCGGGUCUCGGAUAUGAUGUUCAAAGUCAGAACAAGGCGAUCAUGUAUUUGAGCGGACCGAAGCUUGCUUGGUUCUUCCUUUAUGAGAAGCUACCUCAGCCCACGAGAGAACGCGUGGACUAUUCAGAGAAAGAGGUUGAAGAGCUUGGUCAAGAAUUUUCUGAGUUUCCGUUGACCCAAACUGUGAAAGUCAAGGACGUGUGGCCUAAAAUGAUAGGCAAAGGAAUGACGGAUAUGCAAGAAGGAAUUGUACAGCACUGGAGUUUGGGGAGAAUUGUACUUGUGGGAGACGCUUGUCAUAAAUUUACAACGCAUCUGGGUCAGGGAUUCAAUAAUGGAGUGCAGGACGUCGUGGUUCUAUGUAAUGGCAUUCAAAAAGCUGUGAAAGACUCCACGGACAAUAACCCUGACUUCUCGACUCUGACCAAAGUGUUUGAGAACUAUGUAUCUUUGAGAAAGAGUUCUGCUAGUUCUCUCUUUGCUGACUUGGCGCAUUCAAGAAUGGAAACUCGGAUGCAUACUUGGAGCAACCCUUCCUAUUGGCUUAUAUCGCGGUACUUGACGCUUUCUCCGUGGGUUGACAAUUUGCUGUUCCAGAGGGCAAUAGGUUCUGAAUUAUUGAAGGGGAAAAUAUUGGAAUAUGUGGGAAAGAAUGAGCCGAUCCAAGGAAAAAUUGGCUGGCUUCAUCCAAUGAGUCGUUCAAGAGAGAAUAGUCAUUGA